AUGUCUUACUUGACAAGAGACCAGCUCGACAGCUACUUGAAAAAUCUAAGUACAAAAGCUACAGCCGCGAAACCCGUAAAUUUAUCACAGCCCAAAAGUCCUGUUAUUGUAGUACCACCAAACACGCCAUUAAGUCCACUUAGUCCAAAUCGGGAGUCUAGCAAUAACAACAAUAAUAGUUCGACAGACUCGAAUAAUAUCCCAGAACCUGACUCUUUGUCAUUAGGAAACAAUCGAAAUGAUCCUUCAGGGAUUUUAUCUUUUGAGUCAACAUCAUCCAAAGAAAAACCUGUUGCUUCAACUGACUUCGAUUCAUCAAAUAAGUCUAAUCUUAAUAGUAAAGGAUUAUCGUUCAAACCUUUGUCAAGUGCUUCUUUAUCUGUUUCCAAAGAAAAGAAAUACCAAACUAUUGAUGAUAUAGUGAACGAUUUAGCUUAUCCGAUGCAAACAAAGUUGGCUUUUACACCUUUGCCAAAGAAUAAUAAAAAUGAUACUCCUGAUAUUGUGUUUCCAUCUGAAACGACACGAGAUCCAGCUAAUACGUGGAAAGAUGAUAACACCUCAACGACACCGCCAAAAAUAAAAGGUGAAUCGAAAGGUGCAUAUGUUUUAUCGGCAGCAUUUAAGUCAUAUGGCACGGCAUCAAGAUCACCGUCUACCAAUCGAUCCAUAUCUCCAACAAUACCAACAUCAAAAAAGAGAGAUUCAUUUUCUUCGUCAAAAUCAAAUUCUCCUCCGCUUCCUCCAACUUCUAAUGCUACGACAAUAUCGUUGCUGCAAAAUGACUUGGACAAAUUAGGACAGAAAUAUCCGCCGAUUGAGAAUCUUGAGAAUCCUGUGAGUCCUGAACUAAACAGUAAAGAGGUAAAGUUGAAAUUUCCGAAAAUUGAAGAGUUUGAGAAUCAGGACCUAAAUCCUAAAGAAGUAGAACAACAUUUUUCCUCAAUCGAGGAAGAUCGAGAGAUGACAAAAAGGUUUCCGGCCAUUGAAGAACUUGAAAAAAAUGAUCAACAAAAGAGUAAUGAACCUUUGUCUGCUCAACCGAGGUCUAAAUCAGAGGAUCCAAUUAUUAGAUUCAGAGCAAUAUUAGAUGCUGAGAAGGAAAACGAAGAUACUCAACCUCUAUUAUCUGAUAAAAGAAAUUCUAUGAACUCAGAAAUAGAGGAAACGGGAAGUCUUCCUGACUCAUCAUAUGCAUCGGAAGUAGAGGAAACGAGAAAACUUCCUCUUGAUUUAUUAGCAUCAGAAAAGUCUAAAGACGAAGGAAAUGAGGAACAGUCUAAAAACGAGGGAAAUGAGGAACAGUUUAAAAACGAGGGAAAUGAGGAACAGUUUAAAAACGAGAGAAAUGAGGAACAGUUUAAAAACGAGGGAAAUGAGGAAAACUCAUCUCAAGUUGAAGAUGCUAAUUCCCGUCAACCUCCCCUUAAUAAUGCCGGCAUCGAGACUCCAAAUAAAAUAUCCGAAGUUUGUGCUAGAUGCGGAAAACGAAUAUCGGGAAGUAUAUUGACAGCAAUGGGUCGACAAUGGCACCCAGAACAUUUUGGAUGCAAAAAAUGUGGAAUACCAUUGGAGCAUGUUGCGUUCUUUGAGAAAGAUGGUGAUCCGUAUUGUCAUUUGGAUUAUCAUGAACUGUUUAGUCCUCGUUGCGGAUAUUGUCAUACUCCAAUAGAAGGGGAUUGUAUUAAAGCUCUCGGUAAAUCAUGGCAUAAUGGACAUUUCUUUUGUCGUGAGUGUGGUGAACCUUUUGCAGAUGGUGGAUUUAUGGUGAAUGAUGGAUUCCCUUAUUGUAAAAAGGAUUGGGUUAAAAAUUUUGCUUCCAAAUGCAAAGGUUGCACAGAACCCAUAAAUGGCGAAUAUGUCAAUGCGUUGAAAGGAAUGUGGCAUCGUGAUUGUUUUGUUUGCACGGCAUGCGAGAAACCAUUCAAUAGUUCUUUCUUUUAUGUGCAUAACGACAAACCCUAUUGCGAUAGUCAUUAUCGUCAAAUACUUGCAUUGGCUUCAGAUAAGGCAAUCUAA